AUGCCUGCAGGCAUGCUCAUGUCCACCCACCUGAAAAUGCUCGCAGCCAGCCUCCUGGCCAUGUGCGCAGGGACAGAAGUGGUGCACAGGUACUAUCAACCGGACCUGCCCAUACCUGAAAUUUCACCAAAGCCUGGAGAACUCAAAACGGAGCUUUUGGAACUGAAAGAAAGAAAACACAAAACUCAAGUUUCUCACCAGAAGGAACUUAAAUAA